AUGAGUGCAUCGUUAGCUACACUCGCAAACGUUCUUUCUUCUGAAUGCACAUAUUACGCUGGAGAUCCGGAGAUAUUAAAGAAUGAACGUUAUGCCGAUCGCAUUACGAAACUCCUCCAAUCCGAAAAUGCCGAUCUUCUCACUGCCCGUGUGGCCAUUCACGCCCAACUGCGGGAUGCCUUCAAGGAUGAUAGUGUACAAAAGAUGUUAAAGCCCUAUCUUCGUGAAGGGGAAUCUUUCCAAACACUCAUUGAUGAUGCGAAGAGUCGUGCUAAAUUCUUUUCACGCAAACAACAGGAAUUACAAGCGGAGGUGAUGGCCAGUAAAGAACAGAUUGCCUUACGAGAGGCGCAUCGUGAAUUGGCGGCAUGGGAAAAAGAAAAUGCCGUUUUAUUAAGACAUCAAAUGUUUAUGUCUUAUAAACCAUCCAUGACUUUAUUACUGGAGAGUGCGGCAACCAUUGCACUUUACCGUCAAUAUACAUUACUGGAAGAGGGAGAUUACACCAGUGAAAGCAGCAGUGGUGAGGUGCCGGCACAACUGCAAAAGAUGGGAGGAAAACCACUCUUUACCACACAAGCCCCAAGUAGAUCUUUUGAAGUGGAUGAACACACCAAAAUGUAUUCUCAACAAGUAUUACAGAAUAAACGUGUGGAGUAUGAAGAGAAACGGGCAUUGGUUACCAAACGUCGUAAAGCUUUGGAGGAGUGUCCAUCACUCUUACGUUUACAAGAGUUUAUUAAUACACGUAAUGAAAUUCUACGCCGAUUUGGUAUUGAUCGCCUUGUUUCCUUACGUGUUCGUAAAGAUAAGGCAUUGUCUGAACCCUUUGAAGGAGGUGAGGAUGCUUCUGUUUCUGGUUUACCGGCAAAUAACGAAAUUAUGAAAAGUCGCCGUGUGGCUCAAUAUUCACUUCCUAAGAUUGUGGAACAAUGCCAUAAGAAUUAUGUAAGUAUUCUCGCCACAGAAGAUUGGGAUGCUUUGUUAAAGAAUACAAAUCUUACAAACCGUGAAGCUAUGCAGGCAUUAAAACCAUUAAAGGAUUUAGAAACAUUUCGUUACUGGUUCCUUGCAAGUAUUACCGCAGAUGCCCCACAAAUUGGACCUAAUAAAUUGGUAGGAAAGAAUGUAACAACAGCGGAAGAAUAUAAGAAACUUUGGCAACCACAAAAGAGUAAUUAUAUUCCUUCACUUAAUACAGCUCAUCGAUUGAAUUUUGUUAAAAAUGUUGCCGAACCUCGUGGAUUUCCACACAUUGUUGUUUUAUCUCCAGUCAAGUAUACACAUAUGCAAAAUAAUGAUCCCAAUACAAUUGUAAAGGGAGAAUUGGAUAUGAUGGUGUAUGAUAAUACGAAUGAAAAGGUACUUUUAAUGGUGGUGGAUUCUCAUGAUGAUCGUCGUCCUCGUGGGGCUUUCCUGCAUGGACAAGAAGAACGUUAUCGUUUUGCCGCCGUUAUUCGCACAGCCAUUGCAAAUGAUAAUGAACUUCACAACUUUCAAUGUCAAGGAACUGUGGCGGAGUAUUUCUUUGAUCCUGAAUUUGGGGCAGAGGAGAAUUACUACUGUAUUAUGGCCCCUUCUAAGAUUUCUCAAAAGGUGGGUACAACCAUUGAUGUUCCUGUAAAGGCCCUUCGUCCUUUUACUUCCUGUCCUCCACGUUAUUUCUUAUUGGGAUCCAAUUGGGGUGUUUCCUCUGGACAUGCAAAGAACCCAUAUGCCACUUCUUUCACACAUGCGGAAUUAAAUGAAGAGGCCAUGGUUUUACAGCAAUUUAUUGCGGAUGGGUUUGUGCAGAAACAAAUCAUGCCACAUCUCCUCACACGAAAAGAGGGAUUGGAGUUAAUGGAAAAGGAAAAACAACAACGUCUGCGGGAACAGCGGGAGGCGGCGGCCUCUGCACGACAAAACGCCUCUCCCUCAUCCGCACGGGCGUACCGCUCGUUAACACAAUCCCCACGCGAGACCAGCCGCACACCCCGACAGGCGGCAAACAAUAUGAAUAUGAAUACAAUGAGCGACACCCUCACCGCGGCGGCGAUGGAGGAGGAAGAUGAUGGCAUUCUCCCAGAGGAGGAGGACCCACUCGCCCCAAUGGUGCCAGAGGAUGUCCUGCGCCCCGUGCGGGAUGUGUUGAUGAAUAAAAGAUUCCUCCAACCCGGAUUUCUGCAGCGGCGAUCGAAGGAUAUGUAUGUGAAGCAACUCCCCGCCGUGAGGGAUGGGCAUCUCCGCACACCACUGGUGGUCUUUCAGGAGUUGAUGCGAUCCAAGUUUGGGGAGGAGGAGGCACCAUCCAGUCAGCCGCAGAGUGCGAGAGGACGACUGGCGAACAGCAACAGUGGAAGUAUGAAGUUCAGUCCAAGAAAUCAAACACGAGGACCAGCAAAUGUUUCUUGGUUUUAG